CGGGGACGUCUGCCACGUCACAGGGUGGGAGGGGGAGGGCCUAGCAAAACAAAAACAUUAGAGAUCCAGAUCCAAAAUGGCCGCCGCUCCCCCACCAGAGCCCAGCUUCCAGAGCCAACAUGGCGGCCGCGGGGCUCAGUUUCACUGCUCGGAUGGGCGGGGCCGCUUUGGAGUCACGUGAUCCGCGCAGAGCCCGUGUUGACCCAUUCCAAUAUGGUGGCCAGCCUGGCUCCACGGUUUCUGUUGAUGCUGUGGUUCUGCGGGGUCAGACGCGGCGCCUGCGGCGGCGAGGACCCGCACAUCCUGGGGCUGCGGCCGGAGGACCCCACCGGCGCGGUCAGCGUCAAGGACCGGAUCAUCUCGGUGCCCGAGGGAGCCUCGUUCCAGCUGCGCCUAUUCGGGGCCAACCUGAAUGGAACCGGGACGUGGGUCGCGUUCGCGGUGGGGACCGGGACCGCCGAGGACCCGUGCGGGUCCGACGCGGCUCGGCUGGAGUCCGCCCUCAGGGUGACGGAGGAGUUCAGCCAGGACGAGCUCCACAGCGGGGUCCUGACGGUCACGGCGAACCGGAGCAUCCCCGCGGGCGGGGACACCCUCCACCACCUGUGCGCGCGCAGCGGGGAGACGUGGGCGUCCGUGACCCCGGACAUGCUGCGCGUGACCCCCGGCGCCGCCGCGGACCCGCUCCCGCCGUGGGCUCUGGCGCUGCUCAUCGCGCUGCUGCUGCUGCUGUGCGCGCUGCUGCGGACGCUGAACCUCAGCCUGCUGGGGCUCGACCCCGUGGAGCUGUACGUGCUGCACAGCUGCGGCUCCGAGGAGGAGAAGCGGGCCGCCAAGCGCCUGGAGCCGGUCAGGAGGAGGGGGAACUUCCUGGCGUGCUCGCUGCUGUUCCUGUGCGUGCUGGGCCACUCCGUGCUGGGCGUGCUGCUGUACCGGGCUCUGGGCUGCGUGGCCUCCGCCGCCUUCACCGGGGGCUUCCUCAUCUUCCUCCUGGCCGAGCUGGCCCCCCACAUCCUCUGCUCUGGGUACGGCUUCCAGCUGGCGCCCGGCCUCACCUGGCUGGCCCAGGUGUGCAUGGUUCUCACCUGCCCCCUGUCCUGCCCCCUGGGGCUGAUCCUGGACCUGGGGCUGCGGAGGGACAUCAGCACCUGCUGCGUCAGCGAGCGGGCCAUGGAGAUGGUCCGGACCAGCGUCAACGACCCCUACAGCGAGUUCGUGAAGGAGGAGUUUAGCCACGGGAUGCUGCGCUCCAAGACGGUGGAGGACAUCCUGACGCCGCUGAAGGACUGCUUCAUGCUGCCCAGCUCGGCCGUCCUGGACUUCUCCACCAUGUCGGAGAUCAUGCAGAGCGGCUACACCCGGGUUCCCAUCUACGAGGAGGAGAGGUCCAACAUCGUGGAGAUUCUGUAUGUUAAAGACUUGGCGCUGGUGGACCCGGAUGACUGCACGCCCAUGACGACCAUCACCAAGUUCUACAACCACCCGCUGCACUUCGUCUUCAACGACACCAAACUGGACGCCAUGCUGGAGGAGUUCAAGAAAGGUAACUCCCACAUGGCCAUCGUCCAGAAGGUGAACAACGAGGGGGAGGGGGACCCGUUCUACGAGGUGCUGGGAUUGGUCACCUUGGAGGACGUCAUCGAGGAGAUCAUCAAGUCCGAGAUCCUGGACGAGUCCGACGGCUACCUGGACAGGAAGCUGAAGCGGCCUCUGCCCGCCCUGGAGAUUUCCCUGGAGCCCCGCAGCUCCAGCGAAGAGUUUUCCCUCUUCAGGCCUCCGGAGGGAGAACCCAAGAUCCACACGUCGCCACAGCUGCUGCUGGCCACGCACCGCUUCCUGUCCAGAGAGGUGGAGCACUUCAGCCCCGCCCGAGUGUCUGAGAAGGUUCUGUUCCACCUCCUGCGCCACCCCAGCGUCAACCAGGAGGUGCACUUCGAGCCCAACAACCGCCUGAGCCCGAGCCACUACCUGUACACCCGCAACCAGCCGGUGGACUACUUCAUCCUGCUGCUGCAGGGUCGGGUUGAGGUGGAAAUCGGCAAAGAGGGGCUCAAGUUUGAAAACGGGGCAUUUACGUACUACGGAGUCUCGGCCCUGACGCUGCCCUCCUCAGUGCACCAGUCGCCGGUGUCGACCCAGCGGAGCUCUCCCAGAGACCCCUUUGAUUCUGGGGAGGCCACCAGCCCGUCCAGCUACUGUCCCGACUACACCGUCCGCGCGCUGACCGACCUGCAGCUCAUCCGGGUGACGCGCCUGCAGUACCUGAACGCCCUCAGGGCGUCGCGAGUCGGCCAGAGUCCAGACCCCCCCGAGAUCAAGAUCCUGCCCAACAGUCAGAUGAAGCUGCUCAACGACAGAAACGCCGCACAAGAGUUCCCUGUAAACUUUUCUUUCUUUGAUACCAUUGAGAACUACGGUUGAGUGCUUUUGUUUUGCAUGAGGUGGCAGCCGAGCCCAGGAGAGCUCCACAGAAGAGGAGGCUCAUGGGUAAUGAGGUCCAAACUGCUAAUUUAAGAAGAUAAAGUCUAUUUUUAAUUGAUGAAUCCACUAUGGCUGGAACGUAGGACGAGACUGGAGUGGGAUAAUCGAUCGCUGCACACGUUCAUCUCCAUUUUCAUUCCUUUCAGUGAUUUAUGUUUAUAUCUGGAUCUGUAAAUGUCUGUAUAAAUGUAGAGAACAACUAUGUCAAUCUUCUAAACUCACUUUUUAUUAUUAUUAUUAUUUGGUAAUAAAUGUGAUCUUCUGUUGA